ACAUCGUUAAGUUUAUUUAGCUUUGCUCCAUUUAAUCAGCACAUACAUUGCGCAAAUAAAGAUACCUGACCCUCCAGCCAUGUCUAGGUCUGUGGAGCCUCUCAUUGUCGGGAGAGUGAUCGGAGAAGUUCUCGACUCCUUUAACCCAUGUGUGAAGAUGACAGUGACCUACAACUCAAACAAGCUUGUCUUCAAUGGCCAUGAGCUCUACCCAUCAGCAGUUCUAUCUAAGCCAAGAGUAGAGGUCCAAGGGGGCGACUUGCGGUCUUUAUUCACAUUGGUUAUGACAGACCCAGAUGUCCCAGGACCGAGUGAUCCGUAUCUACGGGAGCACCUUCACUGGAUUGUGACUGAUAUACCUGGGACAACAGAUGCUUCCUUCGGGCGAGAGGUCAUAAGCUAUGAGAGCCCGAAGCCCAGCAUUGGUAUCCACAGGUUCAUUUUUGUACUCUUCAAGCAGGAUCGCAGGAAGCCUGUAAUUGUGCCAUCCUUCAGGGACCAUUUCAAUACCCGCCAGUUCGCUGAGGAAAAUAACCUUGGUCUCCCAGUUUCUGCUGUAUACUUCAAUGCUCAGAGAGAGACUGCUGCCAGGAGGCGCUGAAAAUUCUGGCUCUCAUUGUCCACGUUAUGAUAAAUAAGGGCCUUCCAAUCUUCUCUCUUCAAGUCAAUGCUCUUAUUCUACAUUACAUGCUCUUAAGUCCUACCCUACAAAUAAACCAGAUGCAUUUUGCAGACUGUAGUAGCAUCAGAUUGUUUUGUAAGUGGCAACAUUAAGAAUCACGAGUGAUUCAUGCUUAUGGUCAAA